GAUCUCUGAAAGCAUUGCGCAACAAAUGCGUUCCAGUGAACUUCCUGACAGCCGAGGGCGGCGUCGCUUCUUAGGGGUUGCUGUCUUUCAUUUCAACAACGCGAACAGCGCACCGCGUGUGGAGCCUCUCUGCUGGCGUUUGUCUUUCGUAGUCGCUUCCAGCAUUUCGCGUCUCUCGUGUCUCUGCAGUUUCGUGUCUUUUUCUCUCUUCUUCUUGUGCUCUGAGGCUUCCCCUCGCCGGGACGCAACUUGUUUCUCGGGAGUACGCACACCGCGCGGUCACCUCCAGCGCCAGCUUCGGUUCCGCUUUUCUCCCGUCUGUCCGCGCGUUUCUCCUCCGGCCCGACGGCCCUCUGCAGAGUGUAUUUGAAAGUCGGCGAACACCGCCGUUGUGAGCUACUUCUGACCACGACUGCGACAAGACACGCAGCAGCUUUCUCUCUGUUCGCGAAGACACUUUGCAGCCGGCUUCUGCCCCGCGUCGCUGGCCUCACGGCAGUUUUACAUCCCGUCCAGCUCCUCCCUUCUGAGUCGCGUUUCUGCAUGCACGGUCUUCGUUGUCCUCUCUUCUCCAUCUCUGCCCUGUCUCUCACCUCGCUGUUUCACGAGGACAAACGCUCGCCGAUCGAAAAGCCGCAAACCGAUAUCCGAACGGAUCGUCUCUCCCGCAGACCAUGGCACUCCAGUACGCCUACCCCGUCGACUCCCCCCGUCCCGGGGAGAGCGCGAUUUGGCGUUGCGCCAAGUACGAGGAGGCGAUGGCGCCUGAAGCGCCGAGAGCUCCUGAGAGGGGAUCCUUUCUGACGAGUUUCGACUUGGAGGCUUCCGACUGUUCGGCGCAGAACGCGUUUCCAGAGGGCGCCUGCCCUCCCAUCUCUGGUUGGUGGCACUCGGCGUACGGCGUCUUUCGUGUGGGGAAGAGCCGUGCAGGCGGAGGCGCGCGGUGCAUGGGCGCGCGACCCUUGCCUACAGACAAGGAGUUUUUCUACUGGACGUUUGACGAAGCUGACGAGAAGGCGAGACUCUUGGGAUCAGGCCUCACCGAGCUGCUGCGGGAAGGCGUAGUCUCUGUCGAGACGUUUGCGGAUGAGACGAGGAACGGAGGCAAAUUCGCGAACGUCGGCAUUCUCCUCCACAGCCGCAGAGAGUGGAUCCUCACCGACUUGGCCAUCUCCGCGUAUCCUCCCCUGACCAGCGUCACUCUGCACUACACCUUUCCGCCUGAUCACAUGAAAGCCAUUCUCCUCGAAGCAGGUGUGUCCACCCUGGUGACUGACGUGGAGCAGCUGAAGGUUGUGAACGAGUUGAAGGCGGACCUACCGCUCCUCAGGGGUCUGGUCGUCGUCAAUCUCGCGGAGGAGACGGCGCGGCUGGCAGCCGAGAAGCCUGAAGAGAAGGAGAAGCUUCUGAAACUGGUGGAAGAACUGCGCGCGAAGGACGUCCAAGUUUUCGACUUUCAAGACAUACUCGAGAAAGGCAGAAGGGCCUACAUCCCCCCCAUCAUGGAACAAGACCCCGAACGCAUCUUCACCAUCGUCUACACCUCCGGAACGACCGGCAACCCCAAGGGUGUGAUGAUGUCGAACCGGAACUUUGUGCGCGAGAUUCAAGGUUGCUUGCAUAUCAACGACUACACGCUGAUGUUGGACGACGACUUCCUGCACUUUGCACUGCUGCCGCUCUCUCACGUUUUCGAGCGAAUGGUGGAGUACGUGGCGUACGGCUUCGGCGCGGCGGUCGCCUACUUCUCGCGCAAGAAGGAAUUGCUCGCCGACGACUGGCGAUUCGCUCGGCCGUCCUGUCUCAUCAUGGUUCCGCGAGUCGCGGCGCUGGUGCUGGACAGCAUCGAGACGCAGAUGCAGCAGCUGCCUUUUCUGAAGCGCGCGGCGCUGAACUUUGCGAUCGGCCGGAAACUGCAUGCGCGCCGGGCCUUCGUGGCGGCCGCGGGGCGCCCGGAGCCAGAGCUCCCCGCGCGCCAGCAGUCGAUGGCGUCUGCGAACUCCUCGAUGAGUGCCCAGAGCGCCAGCAGCGCAUGCGGCGCGUGCAGUGUCCGCGGCGCGCCGCCGCUCCAGGCCUUUUGGUAUGACAAGGUUUUGGGGGCUUCUGCGACGCUACAGACGCGGCUGUUUGGGUGCGCGGGUCGCAUUCGCUUUCUGCUUUCGGGUGGCGGGAAGCUCAAUCCCGACGUCCAGGAGAAGCUCGAGGCGUACCUCGCCACCAGCUUCCUCCAGGGGUGGGGCAUGACGGAAACCUCCGGCGCAGGGUGCUGGCAAGCACGCGCGGGCGACGGGAGCCUGGACAACGCAGGCGGUCCGAGCGCCGUGAUGGAGAUGAAGCUGCGAUCCUGGGAAGAGUACGACGCCGAGCGCAUGGAACGACCUCAGGGCGAGUUGCUUGUGCGCGGAGAGAACGUGUUUGAGGGGUACUUUCGCCAGAAGGCCAUGACCGACGAUGCGUUCGUCUUUGACGAACAGGAAGAAGGUCGGGACCAGGGAGAAGAAGCGAUCUGGCGCAGCCGCUGGCUCGCGACGGGGGACAUCGUCGAGAUCCAGCCGAAUGGCUCGAUCAAGAUCAUCGACCGGAAGAAGAGUCUGAUAAAACUCGCGCAGGGCGAGUACCUGCAGACGGAGAAACUUGAGAGCAUCUACGGCCGCAGUGCGUUCGUCGACAACAUCUUUGUCCACGGCUACGACUCGCAGUCGUAUCCCGUCGCCGUCGUCGUGCCGAACAGACAGACCGUCGCACUCUGGGCUGAGAAACGCGGCGCGACGCCCAAGGCCGCGGAGCUUACCGACGAGCAAUUCGCAGAACUUCUGCGGGAGGCCGAGCUCAAGAAAGAUGUGUUGCUGGACCUCAACCGCCUCGCGGUAGACGCGAACCUCCUCGGCUUCGAAAAAGUUAAAAACGUACACCUCACCACCGACGUGUGGACUCCCGACAACGGCAUGCUCACCCCCACCUUCAAAACCAAGCGCGCCGUCAUGGCCAAAACCUACAAAGCAGACAUGGACCGUUUGUACGACGAACUCAGCCACAGCGUGUAAACUCCGAGGUCAAUGCGAGCUUCUGCGCACGCUGAAAAAAAGGAAAAGGGAUGGAAAGGAAGAGGCGCUCAUGGGCUUUACGAGAAGCGGUAAACGACACCGGAGAAGAGCGUGUGGAGACCCGGCACGGUGGACCUCCACCGGGCUGGUGUGGCGCCCUAGGGAUAUUCGGAACGUUUCGCCGAGUGCGCAGGGAACUUCGCUCCCAUCAAGGAGAACAUAAUUUCAAGCGCCAAGCACGCUGUACAAAUAAGAUAACAACUGGUGGUAGAGUCCGUGGUUUUUUAGAGACCGAACGGAGUUGAGGAGUCCGACAAUUCGCUUCGGAGUUUGUGACCCGUCUUCGAGACACAAACAAGUGCGCGGGUGUCAGAAGGGGCUCUGCGUCUGCGUACAUGUCUAUACAGCCAUAUACAGAGUAGAUCGAUUAUCUGCGCGUACGUGGAUACCUGUAUAUUAUGCAUGAUCAGGCAUGCUUACAAAAUAGAGGGCGCGUGAUUUCGAACGCAUGUCUGAAGGUUUCCCCGGUUCUCUCCGGUGCCUGGAUGUAGGCCGGGACAGAGGCUAUGGUAUCUUCUUUGCACCAAUCUCUGUUGGUGAUUCGGAAGUCGUCUUCCCAAGCACCGCGUUCGAGGUUCACGUCGCAACCCGGCAGGCCAGGCUACGUUGUCCUGAGCGAUAUAUUUGGCGAGUUUGCUUUCAUAAAAGUCGCUCCUUCUCCGUCGCCGACUGAGAGGAUCGACUGGGGGUCGGGCGCACAGGGAGCGUGGGCAGUAGCUGGAUUGCAGUGUCUUGCGACGUUAAGCGUUUUCCCCAUCGGUUGCGUUCUUCCGUAAUGUGUGGAUUACUUUUGCCACGCAUAUUGACAGCGAGAAAAGCUUUACUCACAUGCUGCGCGCGUGCGGGUGUCGGCAGUCUUUCCAUCCAGAACCGGUUCGUGGCACUGCUCGCACCGGCCGGGGUCGGCGGGGUCGCGGGCGUAGCUCGGAUGCAGGUUUUUCAUUUCGAGGGAAGAAACGAGGGAGGGGAGGAGGCGGAGCUGCACAGUCCGAGGCAGGUGCAAGCUUAGUUCGCGGCAGAAAAGAGCGAAAUCCUCGCUUCUGACCCUCGUCCUUGGUUGAACAGAACGCAGUGAACAUACACCGUAAGGAGCUGGUUGUGGGUUGUGUACGCGUGUGAACUUGAGCGUAUCUAGAAUCAUCGAAUCCACAAAAGCCGUUCAUUUGUACAUAUUUCUACGCACGGGGGCCGAUUUCCAUGCGUGAAUUUGUUUGCAUGUAUGCCUCGUCUAACCGAGAGAAGGCAUGGGUGUGUUUUCGGUAGGCGAUGGUCCUUCUCAGCUCCCCUGUACUGUUGGGGUUGUCCAGGCGCAGCACAAGCGCAUCUGGUCCUGCGAGGCGCGCGAGUGGCCUUUUGUGUUGACUUUGCACUGCUGCUCGUGUUUUGUGUGGUAGGACUCUUCGGUGCAAGCGUGUCUCUACGUUGCAGUUCGGUCCGGGAUCUUCUGCUUGUUCCUUUCCAUUUCGAAACGCUGACGACAGUUCUGGACAUGCGACUUUAUCCGGCGCAGAGCAAGGAAAAGAAACCUGCUACUUGAGAUCUUACACGCAUACAGCUAGCGUAGCCAAUUUCGAAUGACUGACAUGAUUCCUGAGGACCGAGGCUCCGACACAGUCGACGCCGUGCCCACACGCCUCGAGGUCGUCGGCGAUUUACAUGAAUCACCGCACAUAUGUAUG